AUGACGACGACGACGAUUCGGAGGAUUCAGACCCCCUCGUUGUCGUCGUCGUCUUCAUUUUUUUUGCGGAGGAGGAGUAGGAGAAGGAAGAGAGGAGGGAGACAGCAACAACAACAACAAACCAAUUCGUUGGUCGUAACGGCAACAUUAUUCUCGAGUCACGGGCGCUUUGUUGUUGCGAGAACUGACGAAUGCGCGUCGUCCUCGUCUGUUGGCGAGAGUAGUGUUGCGAGUAAAAGGCUGCCUUCUUCAAGAAGAAGGAGCGUUUUGAUGAGCCCCCCGGCGAAAGCGGCGUCGAUAACGCCGUCGGAUGAUUACUUGGACGGGGAACGUUUAAAUUUUUACGCAACGACCAAAACGACGAAAAACGCUCCCGACGACUGGUUGAAUGCGAGCGAGAAGCGAAAGAGGAACAUUUUACUCCCUUCCUCUUCUUUGGAGGAAGAAGACGCGGACGACGACAUCUACCAACUCACGAGAGAAGACGAGAGUGUGCACGAGGAAAUGUGGCUGGAAAUUAUGGAAAUAGUGGCGACGUUUGGCACCAUCGGCGGCGGCAUCGCCGCCGUCGCGCUCGGCGAAGUGUACUUGUGUUCGCUCGUCAUCGUGUUACCGAUACUGGCGUUUUCGUUGAAGAAAAAGAGGGAGACGAAAGUGAGAGAGAAGACGCGGAUGCGAUUGAUGCAGUUGAAAGAAGAGUUGAUGGUGGUGACGAGGAAUAAGACGACCAAUGCGACCGUGAUGAACUUAUCCUCGCAGUUGCAAAAGAAGAACAUGGUCGCGCUCGAGUUUGCCAUUCAAAGAGCUUUGAAAGAAGAUGGCGCGGAGUUCAGCAAGAAAAUUGACGCUCGAUUAGACGCGCUGGAAAGGGCGAUGCAAAGAGCCGCGGAGAAGCAAGCGGCGAGUCAACGAGAUUCCGGUGCCGUGGCUGGGAUGUUAGCCAGGGACGUCGCGGAUGCUAGGAUUGACCAGAGAGAGAAUUUUAAAAAAAUGUACCGCGAGUUGGAAGAGGCGACCAAGUUAUCGAUGACGGAAAACGAACGAACGAGGCAACAGGUCCAGAAAGAGUUGGAAACGUUGUGGGAGCUGGUGGAAAACGUGGAGAGGGAGAUUUCCGGGGUCAGUGACGGCGUUGGAGAGCGGUUGACGAUGAUUUUAGAGGCAAGAGCGGCGGAACAGAAAAGGUUGAGAGAAGAAGAGGAAGAAGAAACGGAGAAGAAGAAUCCGUUUGAGAACAAAGCGAUUGCUGAAUUCGCGUUUUCCGAGGAGUUGCAAAACAGAGUGGAUGAGAUUGCAAAGCUCGCAGACGCGGUGCAACGCGUGAAAGAAGCCAUCGACGCCAGAAACGAGGCUGAGCUCGGGAACGAGCUGAUUUCAAAGAUGGACGAGAGUCAGUGGCAAGCGCUCGGUUUGCGAUUUGACGCGCUCUCGGAAAUGGCAGAAACGACCGCCGAGCGAGUGGUUUCGGAAAUCAGUGAAUCGAUCGAAAAAAAGAGAGGAGUGUUUUUGAGCGAUGAUGAUAGCGGUGAUGCGAACGCUGCGAUGAUCAAUGCGAUGAAAAUGGGCGCGAACAAAAUCAUCGCCGCCAAGGAGAAGGAAGAGUCGUAUUAUUCGUUAGAUCUGGACGAUGAUAGCGUGGACGAUAUGAACGAAUCGAAAACCGGAUUUGAGCGCGCGUUGCGACGAACGGGAAGCGUUGAAAUGGUUGCAGAAACUGUGAAAGCCAGUAGUGAUGAAGAUAGCAGGCGAAGGCAAGAGCCAUCGGCGUCCAUGCAGACGAGGAUGGCGAUGCAACAACCGACGACGUCCACAUCGGAAACAAAUAGUAAUAGCAACAACAACAGCAAAGAAUCAUUUAGCAGCAGCGUCACUAGCGAUGCUCCGAUAAACGCCCAGCCUGGCGUAACGAAAGAAAGCGCGUUCGAAAACAUGCAAGCGAUGCUCAGAACGGAAGAAGUAGAGGAAGAUAUCUUCGACCCGUUCGCCGGAAUAGCGGCGUCCGCGUCGGAAGAGUCUUCAGAAGUCACCGCGAGUGCAAUUAGCGAAAUAGUCACCGACAUAGCAGAUGCCAAGAAGCAAGUAGAUCAGAAAGCCCAAGAACCGAUCGCGUUGGCAUCGUCGUCGUCGUCGUCGUCGUUCGACGAGAAAAUCGCUUCGGGUUUAGAAAGCUUACGCCAAGGCCGCAAGCUCGCGCGAGCGGCUGAAGACGAAUCGGCGAAACCUGCGGUAUCUUUGGAAAACCUCAUGUCCGCGGAAGAGUGUUUUGCGAACGCCGCCAAUGACUUUGUCGUCGCCGUAGAAGUAGAACCGAGCGCAGUUUCAGCGAAAGGGAAUCUGGGCAACGCGCUUCUCGCUCGAGGCGUCGCGUUGCGAGCUUUACGAGAUGCCACCGCCGAACGCGUGUUUGGUUCUUCGUCGAAAAAAGGUGCAUUUGGCGGUUUAAGUGAAGAAGACGUGCGCUUCUACGGCGAAACCGCCGAGGACGCGCUCGUGGAUGCCGGCAAAUACUUUCGAGCCGUCGCCGUCGAAGACCGCACAGCAGCGGCGGCUGCGGAUGAAAAUGAGCAACAAGCCUCUACUUCUUCAUCGUCGUCGGUUGCCGUAAUCGUAGCGCUCAUCGCCUGGGGACGAGCGUUAUCGCAACGCGGUGCGCUCGUCCGCGAUGACGCCGAAGUUUUCAAUUUAUACGAUUCCGAGGAGGAGGAAGACGAAUCUGUCAUUACGAGUAACUUGGCGGACGCCUCGAAGUUGUUCCUCGCCGCGGCGGAAAAGCACCGAGCGGCUAUCGAAAAAUGUGCCUCGGCUGAAGAAGAACAAGGAGACGCUAAGAAAACCAGCGCCGCCAAAACGCUCAUCCAAUCCAGACGCAUCGAAGCCUACUGUCGCUGGGGCGAAGCCCUAGAGUCUGCCGCAGAGUGCGAGUUCGCACUCGGAAGCGGUAAAGAACGCGAACUUUGGACGGCGGCGAGCGGAGCGUACGGUGAGAGCGAACGCCUCGGUGAAGAAAGCGGCGCCGCCACUGCCGGCGUCGAAAGGUGUGAAGCAAAGCUCGGCGAAGAUUUCGAAUAA